GCGUGAGGACGCCCGGGCGUUCGGUUGCUGAGCAGCGCGCGCAGGCUGAGCUCGUGCCUGCGAGCGGGAGUCGCCGACGGAGCCGCUGAGGUGUUUUCUUCGGACGUGUCGGUGGCCGAAGGGACCGUCGCUGAGGUGCAGCCGCGACGUCUCCCGAGGGAUGUGAGCCGCCGCCUCCCUCGCCCGCGGUGUGUGUGUGUUUGUCCGCCGCCCUCCCCUCACCGCCGAGCCGAAGCUCCCUCCGGCCUCCCUGCCCGGGCCUCGCGUGAUGUCGUGAUCCCUCGGCGGACGUGCGACCAGGCGGGCGGCGGCGGCGGCUGCUGCUGGGCGGCUGCUGCGGCUGCUGCUGCCGAUGGGGCUGCUUCGGAUUAUGCUGCCGCCCAAGUUGCAGCUGCUGGCCGUGCUGGCGUUCGGCGUGUCCGUCCUUUUCCUGGAGAACCAGAUCCAGAAGCUGGAGGAAUCCCGAGGGAAGCUUGAGAGGGCUAUUGCAAAACACGAAGUCCGAGAAAUUGAGCAGCGUCACACAAUAGAUGGCUUUCGGUCAGAUGUUGUUCUGGAUGAAGAUGAUGAUGUGGUGAUCAUUUAUAAUCGAGUACCUAAAACUGCAAGCACGUCCUUUACAAACAUUGCAUAUGAUCUUUGUGCACGGAACAAGUACCAUGUUCUGCAUAUCAACACAACCAAGAACAAUCCUGUGAUGUCUCUGCAAGAUCAAGUACGAUUUGUGAAGAAUGUAACUUCCUGGAAAGAAAUGAAACCAGGGUUUUACCAUGGACAUAUAUCCUUCCUGGAUUUUGCAAAAUUUGGUGUUAAAAAGAAACCAAUAUACAUCAAUGUCAUAAGAGAUCCUAUAGAGCGGCUGGUUUCCUAUUAUUACUUCCUGCGCUUUGGCGAUGAUUACAGGCCUGGACUCCGAAGACGAAAGCAAGGGGAUAAAAAAACGUUUGAUGAAUGUGUAGCAGCUGGAGGCUCAGAUUGUGCCCCUGAGAAACUCUGGCUUCAAAUUCCGUUCUUCUGUGGCCACAGCUCUGAGUGCUGGAAUGUGGGAAGCAGAUGGGCUUUGGAACAAGCCAAAUACAACUUGAUUAAUGAAUAUUUCCUAGUGGGAGUUACUGAAGAGCUUGAAGACUUUAUUAUGUUGCUGGAGGCAGCUUUGCCCCGCUUCUUCAGGGGUGCUACAGAACUAUAUCGCACAGGCAAGAAGUCUCAUCUUAGGAAGACAACAGAAAAGAAACUCCCCACAAAGGAAACCAUCGCAAAGCUGCAGCAGUCUGAAAUAUGGAAAAUGGAGAAUGAGUUCUAUGAAUUUGCACUGGAGCAGUUUCAGUUUGUCAGAGCACACGCCGUCCGGGAAAAAGAUGGAGAGUUGUACAUUCUGGCACAAAACUUUUUUUAUGAAAAGAUUUACCCUAAAUCGAACUAAGGACGGUGCAUCUUUUUAGGCUAGGGACUAAACCUUUGGGCCACAUUCUUAUUUUCUGCCCCCACUUGUAGAUUGCUGAUGCACCAACCGAGGCACCUCAGUCCUGGAGCUCAGUAAAAUGAAUUGUGGGUUCCUCAAAGAGGAUGGCUGCUGACCAGAUACGUUGGUAAUCCAAAGUAUAAACUUCAGUCUAAUCUCAAAGAAGGCUGCUCUUCGACUCCUGCAGAAGCCUACAUACACAUUUACAGAAACUAACCACUUACCAAUUACGUUGCUGAAGUGAUAAAGAUGAAAGGCUUCCCUUUACGCUCUUUUUGAUUCAUAGAACAGCUUAUUUUAGUUAACCUCCUGGGAAGAGGAAGCUGUUGGUUCCCUAGCUUCAACAUGGAGAUUUGGGUUGUAUACGUUUAUGAAUAAUGUUAAUAACCGGCUGACAUCUGUGCUUUGUUCUUGUGAAUUCAUAUCACAUGAAUCAUGUUCAAUCAUGUUCUGCUGAGAAAUGCUGCAGCUGGACUUGCCCAUAUUUUAUCAGUGUGGGGUUUUCAUUUUAAAGAGCUAAAUUGAUCAUCAGUGUGUUUGAAAAUUCAAAUUCCAUAGUGAUCUUGUCAGAACGCCGAAAACGAAGGCAGUGUUUCUUUAAUAUCCUCUGCACUUCCAACUAAUGUUGGGAAAACACCUCUUCAGAAGCUGGCUUUUGCCUGCACAUCAAUAUAAAACAAAUAGUGAAUUCUGUAUCCUUGUUCCAUCGAUUCUUUGUACUUUAAAGAACUACUGGUGAAUCCAUAUUAUGACUCAACUAGUGAGCUGUGGUAUGGUUAGGGGUUUCCUAUUUAGAUACUUUUACCUGUAGAAUAUUUUUACUAAGGUGCUUUAUAAUGUGUUUUAAAGCAUUGCAUUUGAAAAAAAAGGAAUAAAAUGCUGUAAAUAAUGCAUAUUUUAUGUAUUUGGACCAAAAGGUUACGGACAACUAGUUUAACACAUUUUUGCACCCGUUUUGCCGUAUGUGAAGUAGAAGCAUCCCACCUGCCAUUCAAAUUCCAGUUUUGAGUUAACUCUUGGACAUCGCUGAAAUGAACUUCAAUGACCUCAACAACUUUAAAUACACAGUGGGUCUGUCCAGGAUCCCCCUUUGCAAAGAAGAGAAAGAAACACUCUCCUUAAUCUGCAUCCUUUUAUCACGCUUAAAAGGGAAAGGGAAACGGAUGCCUGUUGCCUGGCCAAAAGAGAUACAAAGAAAGUGACGUCAAUGUGUUCAGGGCACUGCUUUAUGUUACUUCAGUAAAUGUGCAUUUUUGCCUUGAUUAGCACCUUAUAGUAACUUCUAUACACGAGGUUGUUUAGCAGUUGGUUGUAUAUUGGGAAGCUACAUUUUAACAAAAUUCUAGAAAAAUGGCAAAUUCCCUAGUUGCAUAUGUUUUUACUGGAAGGUUUAUGUUUUGUUUGUUUUUUAAAUUACUAAAGUUUGCAGGGUUUUUUUUAGUUCAUUUAAAUCCAGCCUUUGAGCGUCAUAUUCUAUAAGAUGUCAAAGUGCAGCAUAGAUGUAUUGAUAGAAGAACGUUACCAAAUUUGUCCGCUAUACGAACACAAAGUUGUUAGCUGUCUGUAAACUGAAAUGUUUUGAUGCCAAAAACAGGAUCCUGUUACAAAGGGGUAAUGAGACUAUUAAGGAAAGCUUUUAAUUUGCUGCUCCUCUUCUUUCUUUUGCCUUGCUCUUAAAGAUAUAAAAAUAGCGCCGCCUUCCUAGGCAGUUUCUUCUUUUCAGUUAGCAGUCAUUCGUAGUGUUCUUCGUUAAUUUUUUCCAAUGUAUGACCAUGAGCCAGAGUGUUUUCGUAGCUGUGUUGGUUCAACUGAACGAGACGCAGAAAAAAUAAAAACAAAACAAAACAAACUAUCAUUAGACCAAUUGGCUACUUGCAGCAAUGUGUUCAACGUCAGGUGCUGAUGCUCGGAGCACAACUAGAAUCACAAUUGUCCAGGCUGAUUGAUAUGUUAGUGGGCCUGUUGAUUCCAUUCUUACGUGUUAGGAAGAGAGUCUGAGUGCCUCAGAAACCAAGGGUUUCUGUAGCAAGUUGGCUGAAAGUAUGAUUGUGCAAACAAUUAGCAAAGCUGCCAUUUGGACCCUUGUAACUCAGAGCCUCGGUACAGACUUCACGAGGUAGGCUGGUUACAAUUCCCAAUACUAUAGCCACUGUGUUGACAUGUCCUCAAAACAAGAGGUGCAUGUAUAUUAAUUAGGUGUUAAGAUAUUUAGGCAGCCUGUACAAACGCCAUGCCCCACUCUAGUUGGGGAAUAAAACAUUUCUCAUGACUAUUGGUUCUUGUGUAAGAUGUUGCAGAACUGAGAGGCAGGCAAUUUUGAAAGAUAUUGACAUAAAUUUAUAAUGGGCAUCCUCCCUGCGCUCUCUUCCAUAAUAUAUACUUUAUUCAUGUAGCUGUGGCAAACUACUUUUAAGAAGAGCACCAAAUAAAGGUGCUUACCAAGUGAAACACAGGCAUCUAAACACUUAAAACUCCCUUUGCAAAGAGACACUGAAAAUGUGACUCGUACCGUCUGCUCAUAUGGACAGUAUUUAAAAGUUUAGAAAGGAAUGGUGUACCUGUGGCUGUUUUUAUGUUCUGCAUGUAUAAGAUCUGCUUUGCAAGUGCAAAAACUAAAACCCAAUUUCUGGUUCAUAACAGCUGCAAGGAGAAGCUUUGGGGGUUCAUUAUCUGAAUUUCAGGGGUAAGAGGGAGGAAGUUCAGAGCUUAGGUCUCUGGGGUCUUGUUCACUCAGCACUAAAAUACUCUGGACUUUGCUAUCACGGUUUACUUUUCUGCUGUUCCUUAAACCGUUUCUUCCCACCCCAUUUUUCUGACAAUUCCAAAUACUUCGAAACCUUGUUUUUCAAGGUUUCAAAGCUAACCCUUACAACUAGCAUGGUUAUACAGAUUGUGUUCUCAUUGGCAGUGCUUAGAAAAUUGCCUGGGACAUAAUCAAGUAUGAGUGGCGGCUCUGCUCACACAAUACAGGUCCUUCAGACAUACAGGCAAGCCAUGGUUUCUCUUCCCCUUUUUCCCCUGCAAAUCCCUGGAUAACCUCCCAAACCAUGGUGUAGAGCAGGCACCCCCAAACUUCGGCCCUCCAGAUGUUUUGGACUACAAUUCCCAUCAUCCCUGACCACUGGUCCUCUUAGCUAGGGAUCAUGGGAGUUGUAAGCUAAAACAUCUGGAGGGCCGCAGUUUGGGGAUGUCUGGUGUAGAGUGUGAAACCUCAUCCCAACCCAGACAGUGAUUUUGUGUUGCUGACAAGCCAUGAUGGCUUGUUGGAACAUUGUUCUGCAGGCAAGGUUUGCAAACCAGUUUGAAACCGUGUUUUCCCAGUUUAAUUGUCAGCCAGAAAUAAACUUGUAUUGGAUAUUGAAUAAAAUACAUUCUUUCAAAUUGUAGCCCACAAUCCCUGGUGACAGUUGCCAGUAGAUUUAAGUUCACUGAAAUAUUUUGAUGCAUGCAUUGAAAAGUACAGUUAGGAACAUUGGAAUAAGUCUUAUGGAAUUCAUUUACAAAUCGCUAGUUAGCGAGGGACUAUGUUUCUCUUUGCUAGUUUAUACAUAUUUGGUAAAACCUGGAAUUCCAGAUGGGUUUCUAUAUCUGCCAUAACAUUCCUGAUAAUGAUAGUAUUUCCUUGAGCUAUUGGAUUAUUACAAAUUAUUGUAUGAGAGUCCACAUCCGUACAGGGAAGGACAGUAUUAUUCACGUGGAUGGGAGACUCGGAUCAUUGUGCGCUUGCCUUGCUGUGUUGAAUUUAUAUGGGAGAUCUACACAUGCAAGCACUCUGGAAUUGGGACGCAAGUAUGGAGACAUUGCAUUGUGGCAUUGGUCUAUGAGUGUUUGUCUACUCUGCCAGUGAAACUGUUUUAGUCAUGGUUUGGCAGGUCAAGCACCCUAGGUAUAUCCUAUUUAUUUCUGGGUCCAGUUUAAUGUGCUGCUUUUAACCUUUGCAGCCCUUAAAAUGGACCCCAGUAGUAUAUCUGAAUGACCACUUGCACCCAUAUGAGACUGACAAGGUGUUAAGAUCAGCUUCACAGGCUCUGCUGUCUGGCUCACCAAUACAAUUAUUAAAUUGCAGGUACCAGAGACAUGGCCUUGUUAGUGGUGACUCUUGGCUUCAGUAUGCCCUCUCCAGGGAAAUAUGCAUGGCCACAUUGAUACUGGCUUUUAAAAUAACUUGUAAGACUUUAUUUCAAUCCAUGUGUGCUUGAUGCGCCGGUUCAUUUUAUUUGUUACUGCUCAUUAGAGGAUUGUUUGGGGCCCUUUGUUUUUGUUUAAAAAUUAUGAACAGCUAGGCUCUGGAAGGUGGAUUAGAAAUCUGACAAAUAGCCUACAUUUCUUCCUUACAAAUGAGAGAUGCUCCCUCCCUCCCUCCUGAAUUCACUGAAUUUCGUUCUUCUAGAAUCCGCAACCCGCAAAUUCACUUACGAAAGCAUGCAAAUUGAAGAGCUGAACAGUAUUUGUAGCAGGUUCUAAUUAUUGGUACCUUUUUGGAAACCCUUAAUGUGCAGAGCCAUGUGGUCUGAAGCAAAGCUUUAUACAUAGAAUAUUUUUGUGAGCAAGUGCUUCAAAAUAUACAAAUGUGUUCAUUCAUGGACUUGUUCAAACACUGUAUAUUCUUAGAGGCUUGAGCAAUGGUUUCUGAAAAAGCACUCUCUUUAUGAAUCUGUAUUGCUGCCGAGACACUUUACAUUUCUGAAUACAGGCAGCUGCCACGUCAUUCUCAUCCUAAACGUUUGCCUGUGUUUAAAACCCUCUGGUCCUGCAUCCAUGCCCUUGGCAACAAAGCCUUACUGAUUUCCGUGAGAUUUGCUUCCAAAUAAGUAUGCAUAGGAUUGCAGCCAGAACAGCAGAUCAAGUUGUGGCUUUUUAAGCAGAAGGGGACGGGGAAUACAUCAUGUGGCAUUAGAAGUGUUUUGUAUAAAAGAAAAUAUGGUGCCUAAACUAUGCUGCAGAGAAAGCAUGCUGAAAAGCCUGCCUCACACACUGCCAAUUUAGCUCUUAAAAGGUGGAUCAUUUUGUGAGUCCUAGAGAUCAGACCAGAAAGAGAUUUUGAGAAAAAAAGCGUGUAAUCUACGAUCAGCUGCCAGAAUAUAUCCUUUUUUAAGACCAUGUAGCUAUGUAAACUUUUGUGGCACCUAUUUAUAAACCGAAACCCUUGUAAAGAUUUUUUUUUUAAUAGCAGGUUUGCUUUCAAAAAAUCUGUUUGGAUGCUUGUUUUUCCCCUCGUACCGAAAUUUUAGAAAAUGGAAGCCGUAGCUUCUGUGUUAGUUCGAGUAUUUCAGAAGCAGUGUCGAAUGUAAUAUUGAGAACUUGGAUUGUGCCUCAUUAUUUUUUUAAUACACACAGCUAAAUGGUGCCUUUCCCCCCUCACAAUCCAUGUUGGAAGAUGCUCGCUCCUCUCUCUUGUUUUCCUUCCUCUUCACGUGCUGAUUUCAGUUGUGCAAUACUCCCAAAUCUAAAACCGUUUUGUCACAUCUGUUUGAGAUAAUUGCUUCAUUCCUCCCCCCCCCUGUACUUUGCUGAGAGCUUUCUGUUGUUGAAGUGUUUCAGUUGAUUACCUAAUGCAAAUGAUAUAUAAAAUAAAAUGCCCAAUGGGAAAGGGG